GGCCGGGACUCGCUGCUCGCACGCCCUUGGGCCCAGGCCGGGCGCGCUUUCUCCCUUCCGCUUCCUACGCGCUGUCCGCCAGCCGGUGUAUGUGUGGUAAUACCAUGUCUGCUCCGCUACCCGCCAUCGUGCCCGCCGCCCGGAAGGCCACCGCCGCGGUAAUUUUCCUUCAUGGAUUGGGAGAUACUGGGCAUGGAUGGGCAGAAGCCUUUGCAGGUAUCAGAAGCUCUCAUAUCAAAUAUAUCUGCCCGCACGCACCAGUUAUGCCUGUUACAUUAAAUAUGAACAUGGCCAUGCCAUCUUGGUUUGAUAUUAUAGGACUUUCGCCAGAUGCACAGGAGGAUGAACCUGGAAUUAAACAAGCAGCAGAAAAUGUAAAGGCUUUGAUAGAUCAAGAGGUGAAGAAUGGCAUUCCUUCUAACAGAAUUAUUUUGGGAGGAUUUUCUCAGGGAGGAGCUUUAUCUUUAUAUACUGCUCUUACCACACAGCAGAAACUGGCAGGUGUAACCGCACUCAGUUGCUGGCUUCCACUUCGGGUUUCGUUUCCACAGGGUCCUAUCAAUGGUGCCAACAGGGAUAUUUCUAUUCUCCAGUGCCAUGGAGAUUGUGACCCUUUAGUUCCGUUAAUGUUUGGUUCUCUUACUGCGGAAAAACUAAAAACAUUAGUAAACCCGGCCAAUGUGACCUUCAAGACCUAUGAAGGGAUGAUGCAUAGUUCAUGUCAGCAGGAGAUGAUGGAUGUCAAGCAAUUCAUUGAUAAACUCCUACCUCCAAUUGAUUGACGUCAUUAAGAGGCCUUGCGUGAAAAUACACCAGCAUCAUUGUAGUAGAGUAUAAACCUUUUCCUGCACCUGGUCUUGAAACUUCUAAUGUUUGCAGUGUUAAAAUGUUUUGCAAUCAUAUGCCAAUGACACUGACUAAAAGAUGUCUCCUCUUAGGAAAUUUAUAUUUCAGUUUAUAUGUGUAUUUGUAAAAUAUGAACCACAAUAUACUGGUAUUAACUUAGGUGAAGCAGCUAGCUUCCUUUUCUUAACUAUGAUUUAGCAAAAUUAUAAAAUACUGUAGUCAGAUUUUUUUAUUUCAUGAUUUGGAAAUUAAUAGGUUAAGGAACUUUUGUUCAGGAAUAAAUGAGCGGUUAAGAUAUAAAAGAUUUUUGCAUGCUGUGACUUUGAUUGGAUUUAUUCCAAAAUUGCUUAGUCACCAUGCACUAUCUGUAUUUUUAUAUGUGUACUCAUACAUGUAAUGAUUGUAAUACAUAAUAAUAAGGAGAAGGUAUUACAUUAUUCCUAACAAUAGGGAUAAUGCUUCUAAGUGUCAACAAAGAGUAAUAUUUCUCUCUUCAAAAAUUAGCCCUUUUAUUUUGGGGACCAGCCUUUUCCUUAAUGUCAUUUCUGUUUAAUAUUAUUUUCUUCUCUCAAGAAAAAAAUCAACAUUCUUGCUUGAUUGUCUUUCAUAGCAGUCCAAAUAUUGCUUUCCUGUCAUAGACAGCCACUGUCAAUAAUGCUGUAAUUUGACAUUUGAGUCACAGACCUAUGAUAUUUGAAAUCUACAGUGUAAAAAAAAAAAAGUAAAAUUUCUGUGUAACUUAUUUCAAUUAACUGUACCUUAGUCUAAACUUAGACCUGUUUAGUGAUUAGAAUCUUCAACCCAGAUAACAAAUCAUCAUGUGCUUUUAUUUUCUGUAUGCAACUGAAAGAGUAAUUAAAUUUUAUUCUAGUAUGUUCUAAAAUAGUAAAACAAGUCUAAAAACUAAUUUCUGAAAUUAUUUAGUUUCCUGAUAGCAUAGUUUGUUUUCUGUGCACUAUUGCUACUUUAGGAAAUAAGCGAUCUAUUAGGAAAAUGUUUUUAUGUGUCAGUGAUUUUAAGUUUCAUUUAUUCAAGUGAUUUUAAUUAUUAGUUUUUUGUGCUGACAUUAAAGUGGUAAUCAUUUGAUUUUAAAUAGUCAAAAAUCCCAGAUCACUAACGAAAAUUAUUGAAAACAAAUUUGUGGGUAAGAAAUGCUAAUCAGAUCCAUGCUCUGUGGUAUAAUUACCACACAGUUAAUAUAUAGCAGAAAUGGAUGCUUGGUAUUUCUGAGCUGUAUUCUCUUUUUUAAUUAUUAUUCCAAUUGACCAAACAAUGUUAAGACUGCAUCUUCAUAAAUAGGUGCUAAUUGGUAAUGAAAAUAAUAAGUAAUAGAUUAUACAGGAUGUUAAUUAAGCCAUAUGUUUAUGUCUGGAUUAAAAAUUUUUAAACAAUCAUUUACUAAGUCAUUUUGCUUUACCUUGGAGAACAUGAACUAUUGUUUCGGUUCUAUCAAUCAGCAAGAUGUUAUUUAUGGAAAGAAAUGUUUCAUUAAAAUGAUGUGUUGUAAUGUAGAAAAAUUUCCACAGUUUCUAUCAAUAUGAAAUAAAACUUAAUUCUGUCUUUGA